AUGAAGUCCGUUGUCAAGUACGCCUUCGCAGGUGCUACCUUCCUGCAAGUCCUUCCAGUCACUACUGCGCCGCUCCCCAAGCAGAAUGCAACUUUGGCUGCUCGCUAUAUGCUGGGCAACACAACUGAAACUAUCUUGCCCCGUAUGGAGACUUCUGGUGCACCAUUUGUUAAGCGCAAUGAAAUCUCUGCGGCACUAUUUGUUAAGCGCAAUGAAACCGCGACCAUCUUGCCGCAUGCAGCAAUCUCUGCUGCACCACUCGUUAAGCGCAAUGAAACUGUGACUAUCUUGCCGCAUCCAGCAACAUUUGAACCAUUAGCGAGACGCAAUGAGAUUUUAUCUGUGGUAAGACGCAAUGACACUUCAGCUACAACCUUUGUCAAGCGCAAUGAAACUGCGGUUCCAUCUCACGUCACCAUUGAAUGCAUUUCUGGUCAAUGCUCCGAGAAGGACCUGGCCACCCUAGCCCAGGUCCUCAGUUUGAUCGAAAAGGAUUCAAAGACCACCAAGAAUUGGAACAUCAGUUCCUUCAUCCAGGUUGUCGACGAGAAAGCAACUCACGAAAAGCGCAACAUUACCUUGACCCGUCGCCAGGACGCUCCCAAGUCCAAUGUCACCUUGACUGACGUCGACUUCGCCAAAAUCCAACACUGUGCUGCUACAGAAUGCUCCGACGAAGAGCUUGCCGCCAUCAAGCAGCAGCUCGAAGUUGCGACCAUACCAAAAUGGCUCUGGCCGAUCAUUGGUGGGCUUAGCAGAUUGAAGUUCAACUACGGGCUUGACUACGGCCUCACCCCGCCCAGCCCGUCUCUCUAA